AUGAGCAUCAAGCGUUCGUCAUGUGCGGAGAUGUGGGGUGUCGAGGAGAACUCGCGAGGAUGGAGGAUCUGGCUGCUCUGCGCCGUGUUUCUCGGGUUGAUUGUCAACUUCAUCGCCGUCCUGGGAUGCCUCUCCGACACAACCAGCUCCAUCUUUCUAUACAAGAUUGAGAAGACCGACCUCCUCGCCGCCGUCGAGAAAGUAACCAACCGCCCCGCCGCAACAUUCGACAACGCCGCUCUGCCGGACGCCUGGUACUGGGGUCUCUCGGGACUCUGCGAUUCCAACCACCACUGCAAGACGGCCUUCCCGCCGACCUUCUCCCUCGGCGGCAUGGUGGAAAACUCGCUGAUCGCCGAGCUCGGUGAGGACGGCGCCGACUACGCCGCUGCCAUCGCCCCCUGGGCCUCCGCCAUCCGCUCCUACGGCAUCGACGGCUCGUCCAGCGCCAAGUUCGGCCAGCUUUACGACGAGCGCAAGAAAUUCGUCCCCUUCGCCAAGGCGUCGGCGGCGCUGGCCAUCCUCGCCCUCCUCACCUCGGCGACCAUCCUCAUCGCGACUGUGGCGACCAUGUCCUCCCGCAGGAUCCCGCUGUGGUUGCUCUACCUCGGGACCUUCUUCGACGGCUUGCUGCUCCUCGCCGCGACCAUCCUGGCCAUGUACGCCAUUAAAAACGGACCGCACUCGCUCCUCCAAUAUGCCUCGUUGACGGACGGGGCGGCCUUCGAGUCCCAGGUCUCGCCCGAGCACAUGGGGCCAGGCAUGUAUACCCUCGCCGGAGGCGUGCUGGUAAAGUUCCUUGCCAUCGCGGGUGUCUUCGUCGGCUUUAUCGUCUUUGGCAUCAUCUCGCUCGCUGCCGCAUGCUUGGCGGUUAUGUGUGCAUGCGCAUGCCUGGGUGCAGCAGCCGGCGACUCAAACACCAGUUAUCGAUGUGGCAACUGCGGCUAUACCACGAGUUACUCCCCGCGAUUUAGCAACUGCAGCUCGUGUGGUGCGUACAUUACCUAG